GGGCGUGCGCGCGCGCGCGCGUGUGUGUGGGCGAGCAUCACUUCGCCGCGAUGGCGAACGAAGUGCAAGGGCGCGGAGAAGGAGCCGGUGUCGCGUCCAACUCCUUGGAGCUGAGCACGUCUCUCGAGCGCAGCGUGCAAACGCGGAUCUUCAAAAUCAUCGUGAUCGGCGACUCGAACGUGGGCAAAACGUGCUUAACGUUCCGCUUCACCGGCGGCUCUUUCCCUGCCAAGACGGAGGCCACGAUCGGAGUGGAUUUCAGGGAGAAGGCGGUCGAAAUCGAGGGUGAGAGGAUAAAGGUGCAGGUAUGGGAUACGGCCGGCCAGGAACGCUUCCGCAAAAGCAUGGUGGAGCACUACUACCGCAACGUCCACGCUGUUGUCUUCGUGUAUGAUGUCACCAAAAUGGCCUCAUUUGAGAACCUGAAGACAUGGAUCCAGGAGUGCAAUGGGCACCGUGUGUCGGCCUCUGUGCCCCGCGUCCUGGUCGGAAACAAGUGUGACCUGGUGGACCAAAUCCAAGUCCCGUCCAACAUGGCGCUGAAGUUUGCUGACGCACACAACAUGCUGUUGUUUGAGACGUCUGCCAAAGACCCCAAGGAGAGCCAGAAUGUGGACUCUAUUUUCAUGUGCCUGGCAUGUCGUUUGAAGGCCCAAAAAUCCCUCAUCUAUAGAAAUGUGGAACGGGAGGAUGGGAGAGUGAGGCUCAACCAAGAACCUAAUCCUAAGACUAGCUGUCCAUGCUGAAAACCUGUGAAGCCUAGAAUAAUCUCAUCUUAUUUUCCCACACCAACUGAGACUGAUGUUGAUAACUGCAAAAGAAAAAUGUGCCUGCAACAAAUGAUUGACAUCGAGGCUUGGGUUUGUUUGUUUGUUCGUCUCUGUGCAGCUUCUCUGUUUGACCUUACCAAUCACAUCGCCACCUAGAAAUCAGACUACAAUGUCGUUUGGUGUUUGAUUUACCGUACACGCCGUUUUAACUGUAACAUUUCAGCUAAUGUUUGGAAAUAGAGAUUUCACAGUUGGUAUAUCCAGUCUGCCAAAUAACAUCCUGUUGUAUUAAUCAUUCAUAUGGAUUCAUCUCCCAGCAUACAAUCGGCUCGAAAGAUUAUUGAGUGCAAUAAGGCAUAAGUACCAUCCAACACAUGAUUGGUUAUUUAUCUGUUUUGCAAUCAUGAGAUGCAUAUAAACAGAUCUGUCAGCUGUGUAUUCGAUUGCAGUUUUCAUGGCAGCCAUGCAGUUGUUUAAAUGCCUUAAUAAUGGGCCUCUUACUGAUAAUGUCAAUACAAAUAAAUUUUUGCAUUCACACAAUAGUGGAAUAGUACUUACAUGGAUAGUUGCAUGUUGUGUUAUCAGAUGAUUACCCUGCAUGCUGGAAAGUGAAAAGAAUAUUAGGAGAGUAAAAGCUAGUGAUAGUUGCUAUGAAAUGAGACGCUGCCAUUCCACAUCGACACGUGUCUUGGACUGGAGAUAUGAGCAAUAUGAGCAACCGUCAGUGUGUUAACUCACAUCCUAUUAACAUUUUGCAAUAUUAAGUCCAAAGGUUUGAUCAACAUUUAACCUUUUAUUAUGAAAAAAAUAACUCCAUUUAAUCAAAGUAUGUAUAAAAUGCUCAAAUGAAUCCAAUUAAUCAUUCAAUUUUAGGAAACAUCCCAGACGCUAAAACUCAUUGAAUCCGAUGUUUCUAACAAAACAAUCGUAUCGUUUUUUUUGUCGUUUGUUUAAGUUAAUUUUUCAAGAAAAGUGACUGUGUGUAAUUGUGUCAGCAUUCGUCAGUUUUAAGACUGAGAAUCUAUUUUCUUUACACAUGGAACAAUCGUGUACAAAUGUUACAUGUUGAAAUAACUGUUCACUGAAAGUAAAGUUAAAUGUGUUAUGUGUAA